UUCUCCAAGGGCAUAUCAUAGCGUCUGUUGCUCCGACAUUUAUGAUAAAAUCUGCCUGAUCAGGCCGAGGAAUUAUUAUAAAAUAUGGUGUGUUAGCAACGUUGUCGACCGGAAUGAUGAGUUUCUCGAGCGACGAAGUCAAUUUCUUGGUGUAUCGGUAUUUGCAAGAGUCGGGGUUUCAACAUUCGGCCUACACAUUUGGCAUAGAAUCGCACAUAUCUCAGAGUAAUAUAAAUGGUGCUCUCGUGCCACCUGCCGCUCUUCUUUCGGUAAUACAAAAAGGUCUGCAGUACACAGAGGCUGAGAUAUCUAUCGGCGAAGAUGGUAGUGAGCAGAGAAUGGUUGAAUCUCUGUCCCUCAUCGAUGCAGUUAUGCCCGACGUUGUGGCAUCGAGGCAGAAUCAACAGAAUCAGGCUAAACAACAGGUGAAGACUGAUGUUCAAGAUACAAAUGGUGAAGAAGUUGUUGCUUCGAAUGACAACGUAGCUGGGGCAGAGCGAGGUGGUGAUUGUGCAGAGAUGGAAGUUGAUGAACAACGUGAGGGUGUGGGGGCUGGUAGUACUCCGAGUGCAGUGGAAAUUCCAGCGAGCAAAGCUACAAAAUUACGUGGACACGAGUCAGAAGUCUUCAUCUGCGCCUGGAAUCCAACGACUGACCUAUUAGCCUCUGGUUCAGGUGACAGCACAGCACGUAUUUGGGAUAUGUCGGAUAAUUCCCAGGCUCCGAACCAAUUGGUUCUUCGUCAUUGCAUUCAGAGAGGUGGCACAGAAGUACCUAGCAAUAAGGAUGUUACUUCUCUUGACUGGAAUUGCGAUGGUACCUUGUUGGCAACAGGUAGUUAUGACGGUUAUGCAAGAAUCUGGACGACAGACGGCAGAUUAUCCUCUACAUUAGGACAGCACAAGGGUCCCAUAUUCGCCCUGAAAUGGAACAAACGUGGGAAUUACAUUCUUAGCGCUGGUGUUGACAGGACAACGAUUAUUUGGGACGCUGCUAGUGGGCAAUGCACUCAACAGUUCAGUUUCCAUUGUGCGCCUGCAUUGGACGUUGAUUGGCAAACGAAUACUUCAUUCGCCAGUUGUUCAACGGACCAGUGUAUUCACGUGUGUAAACUUCAUGUGGAUAAACCUAUCAAGAGCUUCCAGGGACAUACA